AAGCCCAACUGCACUACCAUAUACAAGGAAUGGUGGAAAUCUUAUUUUGUCCUGAGUUUUUCUAGUGUAGCUAAGAACUUUAUUGCUUUUCUUCCUUCCUUGUAGCCUAACCAGUCUAUGGUAGAAACAAGACCUCAGGCUAAUGACGUUGGCUCAGACUUUGCUGCCACAAGUAAAACUUUGGCAAAAAAGAAAGCACCAACCAAACGGAAGGCUUCUAGUCUAGUGAGUCCUAAAACGGACAAGGCACCCCAAAAAGUUCCUAGAAAAGGAGGUGUCAAAUGGGCAGCCUAUAAACCUCCUACAGCUAGAAGGUUGGCCAUAGCACCUUCAUCUUUUCUUUUUGAGGCCUCAUUUGCUCUUGAAACUCGUCUGCAAACCCUGGUUAGUGAGAUCAUCCACGAUCCCACUACUAAAGUUGUAGUUGAUAGGUCUCCAAGGCAAGAAGGUUCAGACUCAUUUCCCUUAGAAAUCCAAAAGUCUCCACCUAAGGCGAAAAGCUCUCAUUUUUCCUUAUGGCUUGCUAAUAAAAAUUUCAAGAUUGUCAACCUAAAUGAGGUGAUUGAUCUCUUUCUAGAAGUCAAGAAAGCUACUCCUUCCAGAUCUCCUAUCCCAUUCCAAGCUAGCUUCUAGACUCCCAAGAAAGCUGCUCCUUCCAGAUCUCCUAUCCCAUUCCAAGCUAGCUUCUAGACUCCCAAGAAAGCUGCUCCUUCCAGAUCUCCUAUCCCAUUCCAAGCUAGCUUUCAGACUCCCAAGUGAGUGAUCUUGGGGAUGUGUUGAUUCCUUCAAGAGUGAUCUGUAGAGAGGAUCUUUGGGGUUAAAGUGUAAAGGGGUGAGAUUUGAGAGAAACCCUUCUUCUUGUAAAGGAUUGAGUGGCUCCUUUAACACCAUUGUUUUUCCUAGUGGAGAGUGUGGAGGAAAUCCUUGGUGAGUGAAGCCAAGGUAGAGGACUAAGCUCUAAGUGGUUGGACCGAACCUUUAUAAAAUCAUUGUGCAAGC